ACAAGUAUUGGCCUCAGUUCAUAUCAACAGAAGAGUAUAUCUCUUUAUCGGGGGAAUUGCAGACCUAUCCGGUUUGAACCACCAAUGCUGGAUUUCCAUGAACAGCCCGUUGGGAUGCCAAAAAUGGAAAAAGUUUAUCUACAUAACCCUAGUUCAGAAGAAACUAUUAUAUUAGUAUCAAUAUCUGCUACAACAUCACAUUUUCAUGCAUCAUUCUUUCAAAAUGGGAAAAUUCUUCCAGGAGGGAACACAUCUUUUGAUGUAGUUUUCCUUGCAAGAGUAGUUGGGAAUGUAGAGAACACUUUAUUUAUUAACACUUCCAAUCAUGGGGUAUUUACUUACCAGGUGUUUGGUGUUGGAGUCCCGAACCCUUAUCGGUUGCGCCCUUUUAUUGGGGCAAGAGUUCCUGUAAAUAGCAGUUUUUCUCCAAUAAUAAAUAUACAUAAUCCCCACAGUGAACCUUUGCAGGUGGUAGAAAUGUAUUCAAGUGGAGGUGAUCUCCACCUAGAGCUUCCAACAGGUCAACAAGGGGGUACAAAAAAACUGUGGGAAAUUCCCCCCUAUGAAACAAAGGGAGUGAUGAGAGCCAGCUUUUCUUCAAGAGAAGCAGAUAAUCAUACAGCCUUCAUUAGAAUAAAAACAAAUGCCUCAGACAACACAAAAUUUAUCAUUCUUCCUGUUGAAGUAGAGGUUACAACAGCUCCAGGAAUCUAUUCAUCAACAGAAAUGCUAGAUUUUGGUACACUACGAACACAAGACAUGCCAAAAAUUUUAAAUCUACAUUUGUUAAAUUCAGGAACAAAGGAUGUACCAAUUACAAGUGUUCGACCCACACCACAAAAUGAAGCUAUAACAGUACACUUUAAGCCAGUUACAUUAAAAGCUUCUGAGAGUAAAUAUACCAAAGUUGCAAGCAUUAGUUUUGAUGCAUCAAAAGCAAAAAGACAUUCUCAGUCUUCUGGAAAAAUAACUGUUAAAGCAAAAGAGAAGAGUUAUUCAAAACUUGAAAUUCCCUAUCAAGCAGAAAUAUUAGAUGGAUAUUUAGGAUUUGAUCAUGCUGCCACAUUGUUUCACAUCCGGGACAGUUCUGCUGACUCUGUGGAAAGGCCAAUCUAUCUUACAAAUACAUUCAGUUUUGCAGUCCUCAUUCAUGAUGUUGUGUUACCAGAAGAAGUAAAAACAAUGUUUAAAGUCCAGAACUUCAGCAAACCAGUCUUGAUCCCACCUAGUGAAUCCAUAUAUAUUUUCACACUUUAUUUUAUGCCUUCCAUGUCAUCUGUUCAUGUAGAUAACAGUAUUUUACUUAUCACCAACGCUUCUAAAUUUCAAUUGCCUGUGCGAGCAUACACAGGUUUUUUAGAUUACUUUGUAUUACCCCCCAAACUCGAGGAACGUUUCAUAGAUUUUGGCAUAUUGAGUGCAACAGAAGCUACUAGCAUUUUAUUUGCAAUCAUCAACAGUAAUCCCAUUGAGCUGUCUAUAAAAAACUGGCAUGUUAUGGGGGAUGGCUUGACAAUAGAACUUCUGGUUACUGAAAAAGGCAAUAUAACCACAAUAAUUGCAAACCUUCCAGAAUUAGAAAAUGCCAGUGUAUCUGAUCAAUCUUCAGUAAUACUAGCAUCUGGUUACUAUGCUGUGUUUAGAGUAAAACUAAUAGCAAAAGAACUUGAAGGAAUUCAUGAUGGAGCCAUACAAAUAACAACAGAUUAUGAGAUUUUGACAAUUCCUGUGAAGGCUGUAAUUGCUGUGGGUUCACUGACUUGCUCCCCUAAACACAUUCACCUUCCGCCUUCCUUUCCAGGGAAAAUAGUUCAUCAGAGUUUAAAUAUUAUGAAUUCCUUCUCUCAGAAGGUGAAAAUACAAUAUGUACGCUCUCUGUCCGAAGAUGUACGGUUUUAUUACAAGAGAUUGAGGAGCAAUAAAGAAGAUUUAGAGCCAGGAAAAAAAUCAAAGAUAGCAAAUAUUUAUUUUGAUCCUGGUUUACAUUGUGGGAAUCACUGUUACGUUGGAUUGCCUUUCUUAGGUAAAGGUGAACCUAAAGUUCAGCACAGCUUAACGAUGCAAGAAGAUGCAUGGGAUUCAGAUUGGGAUUUGCAUGAGAACUUGUUCAGAGUGUGGACAGGAAUCAGAGAGAACUCAGGUCAUAGAUUGAGUGCCAUGUUUGAAGUGGACACAGAUCUCCAGAAGGAUGUAAUAUUGAAAAUCACAGCCGAACUGGCCUGGCCAUCCAUACUCAGUUCACCACGCCAUUUAAGUUUCCCACUUACCAAUACCAACAGCUCAUCAGAGGAAGAAAUUCUUCUAGAAAACCCAGCAGAUGUUCCUGUCUGUGUUCAGUUCCUUCCUUUAGCUCUGUAUUCCAACCCAUCAUCUUUUGUAGACAAAUUAAUAGAGCGGUUUAACUUGAGUAAGUCAACAAAUUUCAAUUUGAGGACACUAGAAUUCCAGGUUUCCAGAAACUCUGUUCAGCCAUUGCAGAGCACUACAGGAUUUGCAGAGGGUCUAUCUCGACAUUUGGUCUUAAACAUAGUUUUAAAGCCUGGAGAGCGAAAAUCUGUCAAAGUAAAAUUUACUCCAGUUCUUAAUAAGACUGUUUCAUCAUUAAUUAUCAUCAGAAAUAAUUUGACUGUAAUAGAUGCUAUAAUGGUACAAGGCCAAGGAACAACUGAAAGCCUCAGGGUUGCAGGCAAGCCUCCAGGUCCAGGAAGUUCAUUACGUUUUAAGAUCACUGAAUCAUCAUUAAAAGACUGUUCAGAAAAAAUGAAAUUAAAAGAACCAAAUUUCACACUGAAAAGAACAUUCAAAGUGGAGAACACAGGACAGCUUCAGAUUAAUGUGAAGUCCAUGGAAAUCAGCGGAUAUACAUGUGAAGGAUAUGGAUUUAAAGUUGUUAACUGUCAAGAAUUUGCACUAAGUGCCAAUGCCUCUAAAGACAUUGUCAUAUUGUUUACACCAGAUUUCACUGCUUCCAGAGUCAUUCGUGAACUGAAGUUCAUUACAGCAGGAGGUUCUGAAUUUAUAUUUGUGUUGAAUGCAUCUCUUCCAUAUCAUAUGUUAGCAACAUGUGCAGAAGCCCUGCCCAGACCCAGCUGGGAGCUGGCACUGUACAUAAUCAUCUCAGGAAUAAUGAGUGUACUCUUUCUCUUGGUAAUUGGAACAGCAUAUUUAGAUGCUCAAGGAAUUUGGGAGCCAUUCAGGAGGCACCUGUCCUUUGAGGCAUCAAACCCUCCCUUUGAUAUGGGAAGGCCAUUUGAUCUCAGGAGAAUAGUUGGAAUUUCAUCUGAUGGAAACUUGAAUGCACCUGGAUCGGACUCUAAUCACAGUUCCUCCAGAGGAAUCUAUGUAGCAGGUGGUUCCUCAUCACGAUCCAGUGCAGGAAGUCACAAGCAAUGCAAUCCAACAGCACAUCUGCACAGCAAUAGAAAUUCAGCUGAUAUUGAAAAUGUCAAAUCUAAAAACAAUUCAAAUGUUGCUAGCAGGACUUCCCUACAGACAGCUUCCAUGCAGUCAUCUAACAGAGGAGGUUCCCUUAUCCUGGAUUCAGGUGUUAUAGCUCAGAAUCAUACAGCAGGCAGAAGAUCCAGGGGGGCAAAGCAGAACCAGCAAACAAACCAGCAACAUGCUCAAGUUCUCUUAGAGCAGCAUUCACAACAGCCAACACCAACAGUGCCUCAACAGCAAGAGCAACAGACUGAAAGUUCUUUGUCACAAUCACCACUUCUUAACCCUUCACACUCAGAAUGUACCAGCAACACAAGGCACAGCUCAGAGGAAUCAGAUAUCGCUGGUCUGAUAGAAACUAUGGACAAAGAGUUUGACCACCCAGAGUCCCUGUCCCCAGAUGUGUUUACAGAGCAGCCCCCAUCUCCAGUAACAAAAAACAAAGGGAAAGGGAAACCGUUUCAGCGCAAAUCUAAACCACAGAAGAAGAGGGAGGAAAAAGAGAGAAGAGGAAAGGGAAAGCAACAGGAGGAUGAACUGAAAGAUUCUUUGGCAGAUGAUGACAGUUCUUCAACCACCACAGAAACCUCCAAUCCAGACACAGAACCACUCCUGAAGGAGGAACCAGAAAAGCAAAAGGGAAAACAAGCCAUGCCCGAAAAGCAUGAAAGUGAAAUAUUCCAAAUAAAACAGAGAGGGAAAAAACUAUCAAAUAUCAAGAAAGAAAUUCCAGCAGAUGUGAAAUCAAGUUCCUUGGAGUUGCCAUAUACUCCCCCACUGGAAAAUAAACAGCGCAAAACCUUUUCAUCCAAGAUGUCUCUUCAGCACAUGCUGACAAAUGGGUCCAAAUCAAGAAACCUCCCGAAAACAAGAGCUACCGACAACCUUUAUAAACUGUCUCUGCAAACCCUCAACGCAGAUGCUUUCUUGAAACAACGACAGACCUCACCAACUCCUGCCUCUCCAUCUCCACCGCCUCCAUCUCUAGCUUUUGUGCAACGGAGCACUUACAGUAGUAUUGUGAACAGCAGUUGCAGCAAUGAAACAAAAAGCAAGCCCCUUAAUGGUAUCAAACACAAGUUGGCAAAGGCAGCCUCUCUCCCUGGCAGGAACGGAAAUCCCACCUUUGCUGCUGUAGCCGCAGGUUACGACAAGAGCCCAGGUGGUAGUGGAUUAGCAAAGGCUUUACCAAAUAAAACAGAUGGUUCUGACAAUAGGAGCAUUUCUCACACACCCGUUGACAGCGAUGGCUCUGACAGUUCUGGUUUGUGGAGUCCCAUCAGCAACCCUAGCAGCCCUGACUUCGCACCCCUCAAUUCAUUCUCAGCAUUUGGAAAUUCUUUCAACUUAACUGGAGAGGUUUUCAGCAAACUUGGGCUCCCUCGAUCUGCUUAUGGCCAGGAUAUGCAGCGGAACUGGAGUGAAGUUAGUAACAUCCCUUCAUACAUCUGGGACUCUUCGGCUACCCCUCCUGUACCCUCCUGGCCAACAAAUUCAGAUUCCCCAACUCACACAACUGCAUCGAUCCUUGGCAAUCCCAGUGGCCUGUGGUCUACCACCACUCCAUUCAGCAGUUCUAUUUGGUCAAGUAACCUCAACAGCACCCUUCCCUUCACCACUCCGGCAAAUACAUUAUCUGGUAUUGAUCUCAUGGGUAGUGAAAACUCCCCCUCUGCUCCUCCAUCUACUGCUGCCAGUGUUACUACCCUGGCUGAAGACAUGGGACAGACCUAUAAUCCCUGGCGAAUUUGGAGCCCUACAAUUGGAAGAAGAAGCUCAGAUCCUUGGUCUAACACUCACUAUCCUCAUGAAAACUGAAAUUAGGCUAUACAAAGGAACUUUUAUCCAGAUCAUGAUACAAUUCUGAAUAUGCCAUUUUUGAAACAUCAUUUUCAGGCUAUUACCAUUGCUUUUUUCUUCCCUUUUUUGCAACAAAAGUUAUGAACCAGUCAUGCUUUCAUCACUUUCUCCUUUUAAGUCUACCUUGCAAUUAUGAUAGUGUGAGAUCGCAGUUAAGCUUGAAAAAGUCAGUGUGGUAACAAACCAAACUUCAGCUAAGAUUUGUAAAUCGGAACAAUUUUCAUUGGUUUCAUAUUUUAUUAUCUGCCAUUCUUUAUUUGGGAGACAAUUUGAAUUAGAAAAUGGUCCCAGCAUGCAGCAAUUUUAUCAAAGUACCAGUUUUUGGUUUUUAAUUUUUUUUCCAGUAUUAUGCUCCAAGACCUAAUUUUUUUAAAAAGCACUUUGUGCUAAAAAUGCAGAGUAUUUUUUUAAAAAUAAGGCUGUCUUUGUUAACAGGUUCUAAGAAUGUAAAAACAUUAAGAGCAAAAAUGGCUGAAUGUAAGAAGAUUCAUUCUGUUAAGACUGUGUACACUUUCUGUGCUGUUUGUACAUUUGUAAACCUGAAUGCAUUUUUAAGUUGAACUGAAAUGCACAUAGCCAAGACUUGUGAAAGAAACAAGAUACCCCGUGCAUUUCUUACAGAUACAACUUUGGGUUGUACUUUAAAAUAAAUAAUGCUUUUUU